AUGAAAGACGAAUACUAUUGCAAAGGUAACUUAAACGGCCAUACAAGAAGUCAGUAUUCAACUAACGGAGAAAGGUAUCGAGAGUCAACCGAAACGGCUCUUUCACAUGCUGAAGUUCGGAAAUCCAAAGACAUGACCGUUCUGCAAGCACUCACUCUCUACAGUAUUUGUUCCAGAUUCCACGUAGGAGGCCCUGACGUCAAGAGCCUCACCCGGCUUGCCAUAACAGCAGCGUUUGAAAACAGACUGAACCAGGAAACAUCAGGCGCAAGUCUCACGCCAUUUGAAGCAGAAAUGCAACGUCGAACUUGGUGGCAAAUCUUCAUUCUUGACACUCGUAUAGCUAAAGACUACAGAUCAGAGCCACACAUCUUGGAAUCUCAAUUCCAGAAGAAAUUCCCAUCGAGCAUCUCAGAUGCUAACCUCGACCCACACAUGAGUGAAAUACCAAACUCCCAGUCAGGAAAGAGUGAGAUGCUGUUCAGUUUGGUCAGACUCGAAAUCAGCUAUUUCACACGCCUGAUACUCUUCUCAGAUCAAUUUACCGGAAUGAACUCCUAUCCCACCAUUUCAACUUCCAAAGAGAAGUGUGAAGCGAUUGAUCGCUUCAAAGAACGCAUAGAGCUCGAAUACCUUUCACAUUGUGACACUUCCAUCCCCCUGGAUUUCGUCACUGCUGAAUCUAGUCGUUUGAUCAUUGCAAAACUCAAGCUCGCGGUGAUCAAGCCACGAGACAGAUACAACCAGCAGAUUCUUACUCAACAGAGCCUUCGUGAAACUUGCGUGGAGAUUCUUGGGCGGGCUAAAGAAAUGCGCCUCCAGCAGCGGUGCAAGCAGUGGCUAUGGCUUUUCCAGACUUACAUUGAGUGGGAUGCUUUAACUUACCUGCUCAUCAGCUUAGCUCUCUCGCCGCUUGGGGAUGGAGCGAACGCGGCAUGGACGGCUGCUGAGGAAGUCUUCCAAUAUUGGGAUGUGAUCCGUGACUCUCGCGGAUGUCCACGCUGGAGUCGUAUCGUAGACUUUCACACGCAGACUUUGACCACGAGGGAGUUGGCUUUGAGCAAUCCAGGCUUAUUUGGGUCGACUUUGAAUGGGGAUGGCCAGCUUCAAGACUCUGAAUCGAUCGUAACAGAGAGACUUGCACCAGUUCCAUCAGCUGACACCAUGGCUUCACCCGCAUUCAACGCAGCGUCCCAAGUGAUUGGGCGACUGGCCUCCUCAGCGGAACCUCAACGGUCAUUUAAUGGAAUAAGCGCCGAUAAAAGUCCAGAAGCAACAAGAGAGCCUUUCGAUAUUCCUAGCUCCGGGACAGCCUGUCAGUGGAGUGCUGCGCUCUUUGAGCAGUAUUUUGAGGUUCUACAAUCGGAACAAGAUGACGCGCUAUGGAUAUGA